AUAAACAAAUGUCAUUGCCAUUUAUGUUAAUAGUCGAUACCACUCCUAAACUACAAUGUACGUCAGAAUAUUCUACUCUGCACACAACAAGUUGGGGUAACGUGAUUAUCGGAAAAUUCGCACAAUAUUUUCUAUAAAAGGGACCCGAAGUAUUCAUCAAAAAGUUUAUUUUAUUUUUUUUCGAAAAAAAAAACAUUAUUUGAUCUUUCUUUACAUUUUAUGGCCCUGAAACCUCCUAUAGAAUCUAUCCAGCAUGCGGUGAUUGAUGUAUUCUCUAUCAAUGAUGGUAAGCUUUCGAUCGAACAGCAGAUCGAAGUAUAUGUCAAUGAUCUUUUCAAUGUACAAGACAAUAAAUCCAUAUCUCUGGAAGAAGUACUCGAAGGUCUUCGCUAUGUAAUGGAUUACAGAAUUAAAGAUGGUAGCCAACCCCAUCUUGACAAAGGUCUCAUGAAACGACUUUCUGAAGGUCUGUUUCUGAAUAUGGGACACACUGAAGGUCAUCUCUUAAAAAAGAAAACUACGGCUGCAGCUGAUAUGGCAUUUUUCUUAUUUGGUGAUUUUCUCGAAGAAGUCGAUGAAUUUCGUAUGAUUGUCAGCGAGUUAGACGUUUCUGAUUUGCGCCGUCAAUUGAAAAUUCAUUACCGGUGUCAACCAACUUCCUCAACCAAGGAGCAAAAGCGUGGUGCAAUCGCAAUGAUUUUGCUGCUUACUCGCUUCUUUCCCAACCAGUUUGGCGAUUGGCAUGACCUUAUCAAAGAAAGUGAACAAGGUGAUAUGGAGCGUCUAAUGAAGUCUUCCCUGUUCACUGAAGUUAGUAACAGCGAAAAGUCAAAAAUG